CAGUCCGGGGCAGCUCAGUUCUGCGGUGCCAGGGAGUGAAGCAGCGCCCAGCUGUGCCCCACGGAUGGGACCAUGACCUCCAGACACAGCUUCCGCCAGACCCACUCGGGCUCCCUCCACGGCACGGGGGGCAGCCAGGGCAGGCCAGGGAGCUUGCCCAGAGCUCCCAGCGUCCAUGGGGGAGCAGGAGGUGUCCGCAUCUCCCUUUCCUUCACCUCGCCAAGCUGCCUGUCCCCUGGAGGGUCGUGGGGGUUUAGAAGAGGCAGUUCCCUCCUAGGUGGAAAUGGGAAGGAGAUGAUGCAGAACCUCAAUGACCGCCUGGCCUCCUACCUAGAAAAGGUACGUGCCCUGGAGGAGGCCAAUGUGAAGCUUGAAAAUCACAUCCUGAAGUGGCAUCAGCAGAGAGAUCCUGGCAAUAAGCAAGAUUACUCCCAAUAUGAGGAAAACGUCAGUCGUUUACAGGAGGAGGUAAGAUUGAUAGUGAAUGGCAAGCUGACCAAUGCUCGGAUCAUUCUCCUCAUUGACAACGCCAGGAUGGCAAUGGAUGACUUCAGCCUCAAGUAUGAAAAUGAACACUCCUUCAAGAAAGAUUUGGAAAUUGAAGUUGAGGGACUCCGAAAGACCUUGGAUGAUCUGACCAUUGUCACAACAGACCUGGAACAGGAGGUAGAGGGGUUGAGGAAAGAGCUCAUCCUCAUGAAGAAGCGUCAUGAGCAGGAAAUGGAGGAAUGUCAUGGGCCAAAUGAACUCAAGGUCAAUGUGAAGGUGGAUACAACCCCAGGAGAAGAUCUGAUUAAGGUCCUGGAUGAUAUGAGGCAGGAAUACGAGGGUAUAAUACAAAAGAAGCAUCAAGACUUGGAUGCGUGGUAUAAAGAGCAGUCGGCGACCAUCGCCCAGGGCGCAGCCGCUCCAGUAGCUGUACAGAGCAACCAAAGUGACAUCCACGAGCUGAAGCGCACUUUCCAGGCCCUGGAGAUUGACCUGCAGACACAGUGCAGCAGUAAAUCUGCUUUAGAAAACAUGCUAUUGGAGACCCAGUCUAGAUACUCGUGCCAGCUCGGGGACAUGCAACGGAUCAUCGCCCUCUAUGAGGAGGAACUCAUGCAGCUACGCCAUGACCUGGAGCGUCAGAACAAUGAAUACAAGGUCCUCCUGGGCAUCAAAACCCACCUAGAGAAGGAAAUCUCCACCUACCGCCAGCUCCUGGAGGGAGAGAGCGAGGGGACAGUGGAGGAAUCUAAGUCAAGUGUGAAAGCAUCUGUGGCUCCAAAGAUCAAGGCCAUCACACAGGAGAGCAUCAAUGGAAAACUAAUUCUUUCUCAAGUGAAUGAGAUCCAAAAGUUGGCAUGAGGCCAACAGAAGAUUCUGCCUAUUGUGAAAACUGUUUUCCCCAAUGGAAAGUCCGUGCCCAGACAAAACUGGGUGACUCCUACGAGGUAUCCUUGGAGUCACCAAACUCAGAAACUUUCAUUUUUUUCUCUGUAACUAUCUCACCAAACAUUCCAUAAUGAUCUUAAUAUAAUGCUGCAUUUUUUGAAUCAAAGUAUGAGUUAAUGAGCUGAAAGUUCUACUUUCCUACUCUAACCUUCAGAUUCCCAUCAUUGUGUAUCUGUUUUGUAACCAAUAAAACUCCACACCAGUUGCA